UUUCAGUAUCGACAGUCAACAGUCAGCAUUCAGAUCAGUCCAUUCAAUAAGCAGCAGAUCAAUUAAGCAAGAUGAGCAAUUUCAUUUCCCUAAUCGUGGUGGCCAUUGGCGUUCUUGGUGCCUUUGCGGCGGCGAUGCCUCAGCGACCUUUGACCCAACCGCUGAUCUACUAUCCCCCACCACCGACACCACCCAGAAUCUACAGGACGCGCCGCCAGGUGUUGGGUGGUUCAGUGAGCUCCAAUCCGAAAGGAGGAGCAGAUGCCCGAAUGGAUCUGACCACUGGGAUUGGAUCUUCGGAGCACAAUGUGAUUGGACAGGUCUUUGCAGAGGGCAACACCCUAAAAAAACCGGUGUCCACUCCAGUAACCAGCGGAGGCACCUUGGCUUACAAUAACAAUGGCCUGGGGCUCGAACUGACCAAAACCCAUACGCCCGGAGAUCGGGACGUCUUCAAGCAGACGGCCUCCGCCAAUCUGUUUAAUAAUGGAGUCCACAGUCUGGAUGCCAAGGCCUUUGCCUCGCAAAACGAGCUGGCCAAUGGAUUCAAGUUCGACCGGAAUGGAGCUGGCCUGGACUACUCGCACAUCAAUGGACAUGGAGCCACACUGACGCACGCCAAUAUUCCUGGACUGGGCAGGCAGCUGGAGCUGGGAGGACGAGCCAAUCUGUGGCAGUCGCAGGAUCGCAACACGAGGAUCGAUCUCGGCGGCAGGGCCUCCCAGUGGCUCAGUGGUCCCUUCCAGGGACGACGCGAUCUGGGCACCAAUCUGGGCAUCACCCAUUACUUCGGUAGAAACUAGAGAUUGAUAAACAUUUUAAAGGCACCAAAAAAUUAAUAAUUGACAAAUGUUCUAAAAAAAAUAUAUAAAAAUGUAUUUUAUUAAAAUCUUUGUUCUUAAAAAUUGUAUACAAAUGUAUUUAAUUUAAGACUUUGUUCUUAUAAUGUGAUAUUUCAUUUUGAAGUUCUAGAAAAAAUAGGAUUGGGUUUCAAUUAUUAAAAUAUUUAACUGUA